GAAACCGAGAGCGAAUACUUCUACAGCCUACCUAAGUAAAGACUGUGAAUAUCCUGUCAAAGAAAGGUGGUUAAAUGCAUGCAUUAAGACUUGAAGAUCAUGAUGAGAAUCCGUGAAAAAAGUUUAGUCAUAUUUUUCGUGAGGGAGUUCUGCAUUUUGUGUCUUAAUAACAUAAUUUUUCAUAAUGUUCAAAUCCAGCGAAGGACUCUUUAAGGGAGUGAAGUUCAAGCGUCCUGGGCCGACGAGUACGGCGUCUUCAACGCGAGCAGAGGCUAUAUCCAGCUGGGAGAACGACUUGAGCGCGAGCGAUGGGGAAAGUGCAGAGGCCAUUCCGAAUUUUGUGACGAGAACUUGUAGCUACGAUGACAGUUUUGAACAGGUUUUACCAGAUCACUGGCAACCUGAAAUAACAGUUGGCGAGGAAUUAGAAAAUAUCAGACGACCGCCUCUCGAUCGGGAAAGAUUUGAACAAUAUUUUGACAGUGAAGGACGCUUGGUCGAUGAGCAUGGUUUCAGGAAAGCUGUUUUUCGAGGUGGAAUUGAGGAAGAUGUGAGGAAAGAUGCCUGGAAAUUCCUUUUUGGAUAUUUCCCUUGCCAAUCAACUAAAAGAGAGCGAGAAGUCUUAGAAUUGGAAUUUGCAUUCCGAUAUGAAGCCCUGAAAGCUCGAUGGAAGACCAUCCUGGCCCAUAGAGGGCUUACUGGCAAGGAGGAGGAGAGGCAGACAUCUCAGUCACAUUCAGAUACAUCAGCUUGCAAUGGAGCUUCUGUGUCAUCUGCUCCUUCAACGAUUCAAAGACUAUGUGAUGAUGGUGAUGAUGAAGUCCAGCAGAAGCUCAGCUUUGCCAGAUUUCAAGCUAAGAUUUAUGCCAGCCGUCAGCCCCUAGAUGAGAAUGAUCUUGAAAAUAUUAAGAAGAACCUCAGGAUAAUAGACAAAGAUGUCCCUCGGACAGAUAGAGAUCUGGAUUUCUUUAGGGGGCAAGGCAACCCAAACCUUGAAAAACUCAGGAAUAUUCUUGUUACCUUUGCAGUCUUUCAUCCAACGGUGACCUAUGCCCAGGGUAUGAAUGAUGUGCUCAGCAGGUUUCUGGUUGUCAUGGAGAAUGAGACGGAGGCUUACUGGUGUUUCACGCUCUAUCUGGAGAAAGUUGUAGAUGACUUUCUUGAGACUGGCAUGAUCAAGAAGCUUGAAUCACUGAAGAGAUUGCUAGAAGAAAUUGAUGAGCCUUUGUUGAAUCAUCUAGCACGCUGUGAUAUGGGAGAUCUCAUGUUCUGCCAUAGAUGGCUGCUGUUGUGUUUCAAGCGUGAGUUUGAGUUCAGUCAAUGUUUGAGGAUCUUUGAGAUUAUCAGCAGUGAUCAUCUAGAAUUGUGUUCUCUUGAUGCAGAGAGAGAACGAGACAAAGAAAGGGCUAGGGAAUUUCAGAAAACAGAUGGUGUCAGUAGAUCCGCUCCUGGAUCCAUAUCCACAGAAUACACCUUUGAGUUGUUUGUAUGCGUCACAAUCCUACAUGAGUACAGGAAUCAGCUGAGGGAAUGUGAUGAUGCAGCAAGCAUCUUUCAAAUGGUCAAUGGAUUGGCCCAAAAGCUGGACCUGGUUGAUGUCCUGGGAAAAGCAGAGAGUGUACUCUUGGGUUACUGCCGGAAAUCUGUUUCAUCUGAAAGUACUUUCGCUAUCAUUGAAUGAAAAGCUGCAAAGAUGUCAAUUCCCAGGAAUGCAAAAGGCCUUUGUCUUAUAAAAAAUCUUGAGCUCUUACUGAGAAUCUGCAGGUAUAUAAAUUCACAGCAUACAUCUCUUGAUUAUAUUCAUGUAGACCUAAACAACUUAUGUUUUUCUUGGCCUAUGGUUUGUAUGUUCCCUAAAGCAAGGUAUUACAAAGGCUCAAUAGGUCGUUGGUAAUGAUAAUGAUAGUGGGGACUUCUGUCUCCAAAACAUUGUCAUCAAUGUUGUCACCCAUGUGCAAACAUCUACCUAGUAUGUGCUCAUCAUGAAGCUUACCGGUUCUCUCAUAUUAAUGACUACCAUGGUCAAUGGAUUCAAUUUCUUUUCUGAACUUAC